AUUUAGAACUGAAACUUAGCAUUCGCCGGCGAAAACUAUCACACAGUUAUGUCAAUGUCGGAACCAAGGAAGCUGAGAGGCCACAAAGCGACUGCCACGUGUUGUAUCUCUUCCCGUGACCGUCCGGGACUUGUUGUCACUUCCGGCGAGGAUGGUUGCGUUUGCUGGUUUGAUUUGCGAUGUAAAGAUGUCCAAUUCACCAUUGAUGUUGGGACAGAACCUGUUUCAUCUCUUUGUUUCAAGACAGGUAACGAGAACAUUCUCUAUGCUUCUCAUGGAAAUGAAAUCAAGUCUUUUGAUGUUCAUAUGCUAAGUGCUGGUUCCUGGAAGUCAUUAGAGAGUUAUAGUUACAACAAAGAUGAAGUAAACCAGGUUGUAUGCAAUGGAAAAUCAUCUUUUCUUGCUUCUGCAGAUGAUUCUGGUGAUGUCAAGAUUAUCGACAUUGGUCAGAAGUGUCUUUAUAAAACCCUUAGAGCUGGUCACACAAGCAUAUGCAGUUCUGUGCAGUUCAUUCCAUGGAGACCUUGGGAAGUUAUUACUGGUGGACUUGAUUCAAAGCUUGUUUUGUGGGAUUUCUCAAAAGGUCGCUCGCAAAAGAUUAUAGACUUCAGCUCUGAUACUCAUAGUAACUCAGGACAAUGUUUGAACCCUGCGUUUGUUCACUCGAUAGCAGUUCCGGAAAUGGACAUGGUUGAUAAGUUGGACAAGAUAUGCGCUGUUGCUAGAGGUGAUGGGAUUGUGGAUUUGAUCAAUAUCGAAUCUGAGCUUUCGCGAAAAGGAACAUCGAAAGGAAGCAGCAGCAGUAGUAGCAACAAUAACAAUGUGGUGAAAAGGGUUCGUUUAGAUUACUCUGUUGGUGGACACAAAGCUGCUGUUUCUUGUGUAGCGUUUUCUCAGUUUCAGGAAAAGGGUAGAUUCUUGAUCUCAGGUGGUAAUGAUAAGACUGUUAAAAUUUGGGAUUGCGUUAGGUGUCUUGAUUCAGACAGCAACAACAAUAAUAACAGAGAGUUUCUCCAUUUGAAUAUUGACCUGAACAAGAAGGUGAAUUGGCUAUGCAGUAAUCAGUCUGAUUCUGAGAAUCUUGUGGUCUGUGAUACAACAAGAGUAGUUAAGGUUUACUCAAUCUCUUGAGUCUUGACUUUAGAGUGCAUUUACUCUUUAUCUUAUUGUUCCACCUGGUUACUAGGCUUUAUGGACCUAUGAAUAGACUCAUGUUAUUGCACAUUGUUUAUUAGUAGACUCUUUUUUCAAGUGGUUGCUUGAUCCACAAGUUAGUUAUUUG